CUGGAGGAAUUGCAACACCCCUUGUUUAUGGCCAACUUCUAGCUUUAUACCUGUUGCAUAAUGACAUGAAUAAUGCACGAUAUCUUUGGAAAAGAAUCCCUCCUGCUAUCAAAUCUGCAAAUGCUGAACUUGCUGCGGUUUGGUCAGUAGGACAGAGAAUCUGGCAGAGAGACUUUCCAGGAAUCUAUACAACAAUCAGUGCGCAUCAGUGGUCCGAGACUAUUCAACCAAUCAUGGAAGCGCUAAGAGAUGCAACUAGGAGACGAGCCUUUGGACUGGUUUCUCAGGCAUAUACCUCAAUAGUUGCAGAAGAUUUUGCUGCCUUUGUUGGGCUUCCUGUAGAAGAAGCUGUGAAAGGUGUAUUAGAGCAGGGCUGGCAAGCAGACUUUUCAACUCGUAUGGUAAUGCCUAAAAAGCCAGGUGCCCUGGAAGCGUCUUUUAACAGAUUUAUUCCUUCAUCAGAACCUGCUCCCGUUCCACCAAUUCCAAAUGAACAGCAGUUGGCCAGAUUGACUGACUAUGUGGCUUUCCUUGAAAACUGAUUACCCUGCUCCUGAAUUUAGAACAACUUGGGAAUCCUGUGUACUGACAGUUUUAGAAACCUAAGAUUUAUUUUAUUUUGUAUCUGUUAAACGUUGCAGCGUGCCCUACUCAAAUGUGUGAAGUAUGCAGUGUAUAUUAGCCCAAUUCAUGUGUUGCCAAAGCCAAGAUAGCAAUUGAAACAAUCUUUUAACUCCUGUAAUAUUUAUUCAGUAGGUACACAGCAGUAUUACAUAGUAAGUUUUUAUU